CUACGUGACUCAGCACAGCCCCUUAACGCUGGCAGAAGGUAAAAGCUCCUGUUCUCACCUCUCCACGCCCUGCGCAUCCACUCCACCUUUCCUGCAUUCCUUUCGGCCUUUCAGUGGUAUCUCCUCCUCCCAGGGCCCACUUCUCUCCCACCUCCUGAGUGUCUUUUAACAGAAGUUGUGGAUCUCAUGAUCAAACUCACACUAAGAGGCCGGGCCCCUUACACGCCGGAUAUCUGUGGUGACCCAUUCACUCUGAUGCGGCAGCAUGGGGCAGCUGCUGCCACCGAUGAGUCUGCUACUUCUAGUUGCUGCUGGCAUGCGAGCUGACCUCCAGAAGGCCAAGUUGCUCCUAGACCCUAUAUGGGACAGGGUGCUCAGAAGGGACAGCGUGACUCUGAAGUGCCAGGGGGCCCACCCUACUGGGAACAGUUCCACCACACAGUGGUGGCACAAUGACAGCCUCAUCCCUAACGAGGCCCCUAGCUACUUCAUCGCAGCAGCCGAAGCUCCAGACAGUGGGGAAUACAGGUGCCAAACUGGCCUCUCUGCCCUCAGUGACCCGGUGCGGCUGGACGUCCACACAAGCUGGCUGUUGCUCCAGGCACCUCAGUGGGUGUUCCAGGAGGGAGACCCCAUCCGGCUGCGCUGCCACAGCUGGAUGAACAGGACCAUGCAUAAGGUUCAGUACUUCCAGAAUGGCAUAGGCAGGAUGUUUUUCCACAAUAAUUCUGAGUUCCACAUUCCAAAAGCAGCACUCAAGCACAGUGGCUCCUACUUCUGCAGGGGAAUUAUCGGGACAAAGAAUGAGUCUUCAGAGGCUGUGAACAUCGCUGUUCAAGCAACUUCAUCUAUCUCAGCAUUCUUUCUACCUUGGCACCAAGUCAUGUUCUGCCUGGUGAUGGGACUCCUGUUUGCAGUAGACACAGGGCUGUAUUUCUCUGUGCAGAGAGACCUGCGGCGCUUAGUGAAGGACCGGAGGAGCGGCAAGGUCACAUGGAGCCAAGACUCUUAGGACAGACGGGGGUAAUGAGAGCUGCAUCCCCACUCCACGGGGGUAAUGAGAGCUGCAUCUCUGAACCUCUCUCUGGAUUCACAACCCCAUCAUCCCCAACAGGCAGCUCUGGAAGCAGCAGGAAAACUACCUCUCAGACGCUAGGCUGAGGGUGCUUCACCCAGCUCUAUCUUCUCUUGGUCUCCAAUGGAAAGGAAGAGCCUGUGAUCUUCAAGGUCCAGCAGUGAAGCCCCACGGAGUAGCCGACUUGCUAGGAACUGAAGUCUCAGAGUUACGCAGAUACUUCCUCUGUCCCAACCAUUCUGUCACCACAAAGCAACAAUGCAAACUCCGGAUGGUGACCCUUGGUAUAUGCACGUUGUUCUUAAAUAACUGGAUACAUAGAUAAGGGAAUGAAUAGUUGAGGGCCAACUGGACAGUAGUCAGCAUCUGUUCCUACAGGGCUGGUUGCCUUCAAGGCACCUGAAAACUUCCAGAAAACCUAUGGGAACUGCUGGAGGUCUAGGGGAGACAGCAGAACCAGUGAGGGUGUGGCUGAGAAAGAACAAGAUAGCCCGGGACAGACCUGAGGAGACCUGGCCUGGGCUCUGUUCCUGGAACAUAAAGCCAUGGUGUAGGUAACAGAAAAUCACAAGGGUGACGUAGAAUUGGGUUUUCCAGGGGGACCCCCUCUCAGAAUUGGGAUGGUCCACAAGUAUAUAAUGAUGAACCCUCUUAAUGUCAGGAGUAGAAAAUGGUCCUAGGGAGGGGGCUG